AUGGACUGGAGCUGGACUUAUACGAGGGGCGAACAGCCCCUGGGAGAUCCGGGGACCCCGAGAAGCAGCACGAUCGCAACGCGGCCCGACACCACUUGCAGGCAGUCCGACCAGGAUCGCAAGAUCCUCCAGCACAAAUAUGAAGGCUCAAAGGCUCAGGGUACACAGUAUGUUUAUUUCAUGCACGGAAAACGGGGCUGGGACUGGGUGCUCUGGACGAACGGCCGCAGCGACAGCAACACCGAGCCUACACAUCCGACAAGCCGGCUGGCGGCUCUGACGCAAUUACUCUGGCCUUCCAAGACACCUCUCACUGAGCCGCGGGAAGCCACUGAGGCCUGGGUGUUCGCAGAUGCCGAAGGGGCUCCUCAUGGACCCGGAAAAAGCCCGCAACGGGAUCGGCGCAAAGUGGGCAUCCCCAGCGCCGCCUACCGCUGUGCUCAAAAACGAGCCCCGAACGGCCCACGAUGCGAGGCAAGAGCAGACUGGGAUGGGCCCCGGUUGAUGUCAGAUCCCAUGUUGUCUUCAGGCGCCAGCAUGACUAGCAAGACCGGAAUGCCAUCUAUCGUGCGCUCUGUCGAGGACAUCCAGCAGUCGGCGGCACACGGCCCUGGCGAGGCAGUUGGUGUUACGAUGAUUCUGUCCUGCAACCCUGGGUGGUGGCCAGGCAUGCAGGCACGCACGCAGAAAGGCAGGUUCACUGGGCAGCAAAGGCCCUUGCGUCUUUCGCUGCAGCACGCCACGAGUCCGACUGCUACUUCCCGAAUCCGGGCAUGUCUUGUUUCGUCGCCUUUGGCGACACUGACAGCCACCAGCCUGCCAUGA